GAUACACAAUAAACAUUGAAAACACAUAUAAACGUCGAUAACAUUCAAAUGGUGUGCAAUGUGAACUACAAAGAAUGAGCACUGAAUACAACUUACUUGCAAUGAAACACGUCAAGAAGACUCCCAAGACAUCCAAGUUCAAAUCGGUCCGUUAGUUUCCAGUAUAAUUAGUUUACGCCUACAUUCUCAUUUGCAGCAGGUGGCUGGCGGGUGUAACCAUAGAAACGAGUUUUUACGGCAGUCUUGCGACCAGUUGUUUACCGUACUCUUGCAUCUUGCUUGUCUUUGCUUCCAACAUGAUUUGGCGUUGCUUCAUAUGCUACAUAUUUGUGGCACUGACUCUGAAACAACUUUUGAGUCACAUUAACACCAUGCACAGUCGCAGCCCUGACUUUCGCGUCGUGUGUGGGAUUGAUGGCUGUCCGAGUGAGUACAGGGUGUAUAACUCCUUCUACUAUCACGUGAAGCGAACACAUGCGCAUCAUCUUCUUCAAGUUGAAGCGACGGAGGAGGAAGGACCGACUCGCCACGUUUUACCUGGAGCAGGUGAAAGGACAGGCCCAACCGACCAAACUAAUUCAAUCCAUGUGGCUGAAGCGGAGGGCUCAAGCAUCGUCAUUCCAGCGAGUGGAUUCCAAGAAGAUGGAGAGGGUCGCAUGGACGUUGGUCUUUGUAAACAUGCAACUGGAUUUCUUCUUCAAGCCAGAGAAACCCAUCAACUGACACAGAGAGCUGUUAACCAAAUGGUGAGUGGAGUCCAGCAAUAUCAGGCCGCAUUAUUGGAGCACCUAAAACAGCAAAUGAGCGACAUGAUUGAGAGACAUUCUGGGGACCUGGAUCAACUAAAGAGUGAUGCAAUGGGGAUAUUUGACCAGUUUGUUGACCCUUUCUGUCAAAUUGCUUCCACCCAUUUGCAGGAUAAGACCAUCAAAGAACUGCUAAUACCAGUUGAACCAGAGAUUCUUGUCGCAAAACAAACAGUAUGUUAUGUGAAAAAUGGAGACUCCAGAGUUCUUACUAUUAAGGACCAUUUAUUUCAUUAUAUACCGUUGGUGAAAAGUUUGGAGCAGCUGCUAUCACAUCCACAAAUAAUUGCAAUGAUUGACAACAGGCCACAGACAUGCAAGGAUGGAUUUUUUCAUGAUUUCAUAGAUGGAGACAUUUUUAAGUCGCACCCACUGUUUUUGAAAUUUCCCACAGCAUUGCAGUUGAUUUUAUAUACAGAUGAAAUUGAGCUAUGCAAUCCUCUUGGAUCUCGGGCAAACAAAAACAAAUUGUUAUUGAUUUAUUACACCUUAGGUAACAUCAACCCUAAAUACCGAUCAAGACUUGCUGCCAUUCGUCUGCUUGCCAUGGUAAAAUCAAAAGAUCUUUCCCAUUGUGGUAUUGAUGAGAUAUUUGAGAGGAUUAACCAUGACUUAACUGAGCUGUAUGAUGGUGUCCAGGUUGUCACUGCAAGUGGUGAGAGGACAAUUUAUGGGGCACUUAUGUCUGUGUGCGGAGACACUCUAGCUCAGCAUGACGUGGCUGGAUUUAAGAUAGGAGUGGGAUUUGCCUACAGUAAAUGCAGGCACUGCGAAUGCAACUUUGAAGACAUGCAGGAGCAAUUUAAUGAAGAUUUGUUUGUUAAAAGGACUACGGCAAGUCAUAACAGGCAAUGUAAUGACAUUGAAAAGGCAAAUACUGACUUUCUGAAAGACAAUCUUAAAAUGACAUAUGGCAUAAACAGGAGAAGCAAAUUAACAGAAUUUCCUCACUUUGAUAUAAUCAAUCAAACCCCACAGGACAUCAUGCAUGUCAUUCUUGAAGGUGUUGCCCCAUAUGAAAUCAAAUGUGUUUUAAAGCAUCUUGUGCUUUCAGGGCAUAUGGACUUGGACGCAUUCAACAGUGCAAUUAUUUGCUUCCCUUAUUCUCCUGUGGAUGCAAGGGAUAAGCCUUGCCCCAUAUCUGUCAAUACACUAUCAUCAAAUGACAAUAAAUUGAAACAGUCAGCUGGGCAGAUGCUGGUUUUGUUAAAGAUCCUGCCAUUUCUCAUUGACAAACUUGGAGAAAAUGAUUACACACAAAUGCUACUUAAGUUGUUAGAGAUAGUCAAAAUUCUUUUUUCACCAAUUAUUGCUCUCUCAACUCUUUCAAGGCUGAAGCUUUUAAUAGAGCACCAUUUAAAACAUUUCAAACAACUGUUUCCAGAUGCAAAUAUUAUACCUAAACAGCAUUACUUGCUGCAUCUUCCUUCUCAGAUUAAGGCACUUGGUCCUACAGUGAGGCAUAUGUGUAUGCGCUUUGAGUCAAAGCAUUGCUUUUUUAAGCAGUGGGCUUUGAAAAGUAGUUUUAAAAAUAUCUGUAAGUCUCUUGUGAAGCACAACCAACUUUAUGAAUGUAGUCAGAAUGUGCUUGAGAAACAUCCAAUUUGUUCAAGGGAAGUUGACAUGGGCCCAGCCUCUGAGGUGAAAAAUGUUCAUUAUGUAGAAGGAAAGAUUAAAGACUUCUUAGGAAUAGAGCAUGUUGAACAUAUAGUUUCUGUAAAGUGGAUUAUACAACAUGGUAAUAAGCAUACAUGUGGAAAAUCUUUGGUUAUUUCUAAUGUCAUCAAUGAUACUCCAGAGUUUUCACUUGUAAAAAACAUUUAUAUUUUAAAUGCGUCAGUGUAUUGUUUUGAAUGCCAACCUCUCUCUACAGUUGGGUGGAAUGAUCAUUAUUUAGCUUAUGAGGUAGAAGUUCCCGAUCUAGCUCAAGCCAAUAUUUUCAUGGAUGCUGAAAAGCUUGUUGAUUAUACACCAUACCACUAUGUAAACUUCAAUAAUAGCAAGUACAUUCCACUGAAGUAUGAUCUCACAGACAUCAUUAAACAUAAUUCUUGAGUCUGUAUUGAGUGUGGGUGUGACAAUCAGCGGCUGGAGUGCACUCCUUCUCUAUUUAUCAUUUCAUCUUAUGGCUUUACCUGGACUGAUUGUGCUUUGUCUUUCACCUGUUUUAGAUUAUUCUUGUUAGCUUCUCUGAUUUAAGCCUUGGUUUUCCUUUGUGUCCUUUGCAAAGUCUUGUUACACUGUAAGUGUACAUCUCUGAGCUUUCCCUGUUUUAAUAUUCUGUGUUUCUCUGGACUCUUGACCCUUGCCUGCUUUCUGAACUGUUCAUGAACCUGUGCUGCCUGCCUCGACCUAAGCCUGUUUUCACUACGAGUUACUGGUUUGCCCCUUGUUUAACUGUAUGCCGGAGUUUAUGUCUGCUUGUGUUUGAGCUGAAAUAAAGUGCUGCACAUGGAUCCGACCGCCUCUGUCCGUACGUUACAGUGGGUAUUUGGGUGCAGUUUUUUUGGGCGGGUAUUUUUUUUAAGCACUACAAACACUGUAAUUGAUGACAGCAUUUAUUUUUACUUAUUGCUUUUGCAGUAUGUCCAGAGUGCAACAGAACAGAGAAGGAAACAUAAUUCCAGAUUUUGCCACUGUCUUUUUUACAUAUCACAUGGACAUGGUUUGAUGCAAAUGUAAGAAAAAUAGCCACACUGUACUCUGCAUUGUGAGUUGGGCAUGUUGACCAUGCAGUUUUCAAUAAAGCAGAUUUGUUGUCUCAAUUCAA